AUGUUGCUGCUUGAAAAACAACAGAGAGUGCUGUUCGUCCUAUGUCUGAUAUUCGGACUAUGGCACAUGGCAACACAAUGGACGACAACACUACUGUCGUUUCUUCAGUGGGAUACCACUGAAGUAAUGACCAUCGUCGACUUGGGUUAUAUUCAAGCUUUUGGAAGUGUAUGCAAUGCGAUUGGGGCUCUUGCAUUCGGACAGAUGGCGGAUACGGCUGGGGCAAAAGCAAUGUUUAUGUUGUCGUGCAUAUUUACGUCUAUUUAUUAUUCUGGAAUUUCCAUAGCAAAAUCCUGGUAUGGAUUCUUUUUUCUCCAGCUUUUGCGCUUCGGAUAUCAAAUGGAUGGCACUGCAGAAAUGUAUUUAGCUACGAUCACUACGGAACGGGAGAGAACUGGUGCCUUAAUGAGGCUCACAGUACCGCAGGCAAUGGCCAUGUUUUUCGGGCCAAUCCUAGGCUCUAAAAUUGCCGCCUAUACAACUUUGCGAACAUCUCAAUUCAUAUGUGGUGUUGCCCUAUUGUUCACAUUAAUGCCGGUACUAACAUUCCUGCUGCCGACUACUCAUUCCAUACCACGUCUCGCCACGGCUCGUCUUCGACCACAGGACUACUGGCCGAUGAUUACCAAAAACACGGCUCUUAAAGAAGGGCUCAUUCUUCGUAGUCUCAUUGUAUCGUCGUACGUCUGCUAUGAGAUGAUCUGGAGAAACUUUCUUCUGCGCAGUUUCAUGAAGGACACAAACGACUCUGCCAUUAUAUUGCUCGUCAUGGCGGGAUCGUUGUUGGGCGUACAAUUUAUUGUGCUGCCCUUUCUUCAACGAAGAACUAGCCCCCGUCGGCUGCUUCAAAUCUCCAUGACAGGAUUGAUCCUUUGUUACUAUGCGGCUUCCCUAACAACUUCGUUCGAGCAAGUUCUGAUCAUUACUGCCGUACACACUGGUGCAUAUGCUGUUGCCUACGCCGAAUCGUGCACUCAAAUCACUAGUGCAGUUGAGAUCACAGACCUCGGGAAAGCAACCGGACUCGCGUCGAUGACUCAAUGGGCUUCCCACUUUUUCCUUCCCAUUUAUGCUUCACAUAUCGUUGAACAUUAUCACUUUACAUAUGCAUUCUACACUUCCACUAUCCUUUCCACAGUAGCUUUUGCAUACAUCACAAUUUUCGCCAAAAACACCAACAAUAGGCUAGGAACUCUUUUGCCGAGUCUUGUAGUAACUUAUUAA